UAAUUAGUUGGAUUCUAUGCUUGAAUAAAAAGUCAAGGUUGGCGAAAAUGAAAAUUAUGACAAAUAAACCUUGAUAUUGUCCUGAUAUCCAUUCAUGAGUAUUGUAUUAUUUAAAAAAUAUUAUUGAAAUGUCCAGAGAUAAAAACAUGCUGUUGAGGAUUCAAUCUCCUGAAGGAACUAAAAGGGUAGAAAUAGCUGCAAGUGACACUACGUUGAACUUGUACGAAAAAGUACAUGAUGUUUUCGACUUAAAUAGUUUUGCUUUUGCUUUGUUCAAAGAACGUAACCAGAAACAUGAAAUUACCAGUAGUAAGAGCAGUACUCUUAGAUAUCACGGCCUUAGGCAUGGAGAUAUGAUCUAUUUAGUUCCUAUAAAUGGAGCACUUUUAUUUUCUACUAGUUCUAAUAAUAGCAACCAAUCUGGGGAGCCAGUAGUACCUCAAACAUCUUCUACCUCAACUUCCUCCACUGGUAGACCUAGUAGUGCAGUUGGUUUAAGCAAGGCUUUGAGCAACAUACAAGAAGAUGAGGUUGAUGUUCAGUUGAGUAAAAUAGAUGGUAAAAUAAAGAGGAAACGCGAUGAAAAACUGUGCCGUCACAAUAGUAAUGCAGCUUGUGUUCAUUGUUCACCUUUAGAGCCCUUCGAUGAGAAUUUAAUGAAAGAGCAGAAUAUCAAGCACUUGUCCUUCCAUUCGUACAUUCGGAAACUGACCAGUGGAGUAGAUAGAGGAAAAUUUCUGGCCCUCGAAGAUAUCUCAUGUCGAAUUAGGAACGGCUGUAAGGAUCACCCCCCAUGGCCUAAGGGUAUUUGUUCAAAGUGCCAGCCUAGCGCUAUCACCUUAAACCAACAGGUGUACAGGCAUGUGGACAAUUUGACUUUUGAGAAUACCAACCUGGUGGAGAAAUUUUUGUAUUACUGGAGAACCACUGGCCUUCAAAGGGUUGGUAUUCUUUAUGGAAAUUACGAAAUUCACGCAGAUGUGCCUCUAGGUAUAAGAGCGAACGUUGUAGCGAUAUAUGAGCCCCCACAGGAAAGCACCCGGGAUUCCGUACGUUUGGUCCAGGAUCAGAAGGAGGAGUUGGUCGAUCGGAUAGCCGAAGCGUUGGACCUCAGGAGAGUAGGAUGGAUCUUCACCGAUCUGGUACCGAAAGACUUGCAGAACGGGACAGUCAAGCACACAAGGAACAUCGACAGUCACUUUUUAUCCGCUCAAGAGUGCAUUAUGGCCGGUUUCUAUCAAAAUGCACAUCCGAAUCCCUGCAAAUAUUCUUCCAGCGGGUAUUUCGGCUCUAAGUUUGUGACUGUGUGCGUUACAGGUGAUAAAAAUAAUCAAGUGAUAAUGGAAGGAUACCAGGUGUCUAAUCAGUGUAUGGCUCUGGUUCGUGAUAAUUGCCUUCUACCCACUAAAGAUUGUCCAGAAUUGGGUUACGUCAGAGAAUCUUCGGAUAAGCAAUAUGUACCAGACGUUUAUUAUAAGGAGAAGGAUUCUUAUGGCAACGAAGUGUCCAGGAUAGCCAGACCUCUGCCUGUCGAAUACCUUCUGGUGGACGUGCCUGCUUCUACUCCAAACACUCCGCAGUAUAGUUUCAAUCCAGAUCCAACAAAAGAGCCUUUCCCCGUCGAAAAUCGUAUGAUAGAUACGCAGUUGCAAGAUUUCAACGCCCUCUCUCAAUAUUUAUCUCAGUUUGGACAGGAACAAUUUUUCACUGCCAUCAGCGAUUUCCACCUACUCCUGUAUAUCGCAGCAAUGGAUAUGUUACCCAUGCAUGACUGCAUGGGGCCUCUUUUGGAGGCUAUCAGGACAAAGAACGUCGAAUUAGCCGAAGAGUGGUCUAGAUCAGAGCAAUGGGCUACGGUGGAACAAUUGAUAGCUGCUAGUUCUCCCCCACCCUCCAGGCCAGGUAGUGUAGCCGCUGGCGGCGUCUCAGUUGGCGUUGGAGCAUCUCCGAAUGGUCCAAAAUGGACUUGUUCCAUUUGUACCUAUCUUAAUAGAAUGGACUUGGCUGAAUGUGAGAUGUGCAGCUCACCGCGUAUGAUGGAUCUUUAAGGUAAUAAAGAGAAUACUCCGGAUCAUGCUUGAGAUGACAUUGUAGACACUUUUUUUCUGUAAUAAACAAUGAUGUCACGUUUUGGACUCUUAACAUUAGUUUAUUUAUUCGAUUUUAGUUCGUUUAUAAAUUUCCUUUAAGCUUCAGAUGUUUACUUUAUUCUAGCCAGUUGGUCGAAGUUCUAAAACUAACUAAAAGCCUGGAGAUUUUUUUUUUAAUUGGGAAGGAUGUUUCCUCAAGAGUUUAUGUAUAUAAGUUUUGUUGACUUUGAGUUUCAACAAUUUUUGUCAUCUAAGAUGGCUUAUUGAAAUAAAGAGAAUUGAACAGAAA